AUGGGUUUAUGGAAUAACCAGCACCAGCAGGUGGAAGACUACCGAAAUUUGUGUUUUCAGGCAGCUCCGCCGUUUAUCGAAUGGCUCAAACCAUCAGCAUCGUCCUCUUUGUCUUCAUCACUGUCUUCAUCAUCGUUGACGUCUUUCUGUUCGUUGGAGGACCAAAACAGCAGUAGUCUGCAAUGCCUGCCUCUCUUGAGCAGGUUUAUCGAUACCAAGCCGGUGAAAAGAGAAGAUAUUGGGGUGCGGAGAGAGGGUUCCGGAGUGAAAGAAGAGCAGAUAGAGAAUGUUACGGUGGCGCUGCACAUAGGACUGCCUAAUAGUACAACUGCAAAUGAUGAGAAGAACGUUUCGGAUGGUGUUAAGGAAGUAGACGCAGUGCUACCAAUAACCAAGAAUAGGUUUAACGUCAAUCGAUACUCUGCGACUGCGACAGAGAGUAGAUUCUGGAUACCGACGCCUGCUCAGAUUCUUGUUGGACCGAUGCAGUUUGCUUGUUCCAUUUGCAGCAAGACCUUCAAUAGGUACAACAACAUGCAGAUGCAUAUGUGGGGACACGGAUCCGAAUUUAGGAAAGGGCCAGAUUCUCUGAAAGGAGCACAACCAGCCGCAAUGCUGAGGCUACCAUGCUACUGUUGUGCUCAGGGCUGCAAGAACAACAUCAACCAUCCAAGAGCCAAGCCACUCAAGGACUUCAGAACUCUCCAAACUCACUACAAGAGAAAGCACGGCGCAAAGCCGUUUAUGUGCAGAAAAUGCGGCAAAACCUUUGCCGUCAAAGGUGAUUGGAGAACUCAUGAAAAGAACUGCGGCAAGUUGUGGUAUUGCAGCUGCGGAUCGGAUUUCAAGCACAAAAGAUCGCUCAAAGACCACAUCCGAUCCUUCGGGAAAGGUCAUUCUCCGCGUACUUGUGUCGAUGGUUUUCAUGAGGAUGAUCAGAAGGAAUGCAUCACUGGCUCUGAGGAUGAAUGAGUUAGUUCUAUCAAACUGGCAAAAGCUUGAUUACCCUAAUCUUUCAUAAGGUAGUUUUGUUAUAGUGGCAGCGAUAUCUACACUCCAAAUUUGAAUGUUUUCUAGUCUCUCCAUCCUCACAAAAUGGAGUGCAAGAAGCUAAAAUUGGAGUGUAGAAAUCGCUACCAAUUUAUACGAGCUACUGGUUCUUGAAAGAGGGGUUAUACUUUCGCUCGUUUGAUAAGAAAUUACUCGAGAUGAAUUUGUUCUUUGCUCAUUCAGGUUCAAUAUAAGAAUGCAUGAUCACGGAAUAUAAGAUAAAGGUAGUAGCUAGCUAGGGUUUUCUUACGUAUAAAUAUCCAAGCUUGUGCUCAGUAACAAAAAAUUCUCAGCAGCUUUGCAACUUACACAGAGGGAGCGGUUUGCUACGGAGCACUUGCUUUGCGAUGGGGAUCGAGUAUAAAUAGUAUUUCUUAGACAUGCAUGUAGUACUUUAAUUUCCUUAAUUUGUGGACUUAAUUAGUUUAUGAAUAAGUUGGCGAUUACUUGAAGGCUAGUGAUGAAGCAGAUGAAUUUUCUUCUCCUACCAAAAUGAAUACAAGCUUUCAAAUUGUGGCAUCUUCAGUGGGGAAAAUUUGUCAGCUUCAUUGCCUGCCGGUAGUCUUUGCAUGUUAAUCGA